CUCCAGUUUUGACAGCUGUUAUCUAUUAUGACAAAUGACAAUUAAUCUUACAAACAUAACCUAGGAGCUAAAAUUACGAUCAUACUUCUUAAGUUCUUAGUAAAUACUAAAUAUAAAUUGUAAAAGUAUAAAGUAUGUCGGCAGCUAAAAGAGUCCAGCAAUGGGCUACAUUUGCGAGAACUUGGCAUAUAUUUGACUGUAAAUGGCAGGACCCUUAUCAAUCAGCGGACCUUAUAAAAAAAUAUUUAAUGGGUAUGCAUAAGCCUAUUUACCAUCCUAUGAACGAUUGCGGAGAUGUUGUGGUUUGUAUAAACAGUCGAGACAUCGCAUUGCGAGGAGAUGAGUGGAAGAAGAGAGCGUACUUCCAUCACACUGGUUAUCCAGGUGGAGCUACGUGGACUUUAGCCUGGGAAGUGCACAAUAAAGAUCCCACUAUGAUAAUUAAAAAAGCCGUAUAUAGAUCAAUGAAGGGCAAUCUCCAACGACGCCACACAAUGGAACGACUUCUCAUUUAUCCAGACGAGGAAGUGCCAGAAGAUGUAUUACAGAAUGUAACAAACCAAAUUCGUCAACUACGUUUAGUGCCGACAAGACUUGACCAUAUACCUGAAGAUGAAGUCAGAAAGUUCCCCAAGGUCAUGGACUAUCCAAAAGAUUAUGUUUAUAAAUAAUGAAAUUGUAACACAAAUAUUUAAGUUUAGUUAUUCUAGAAUCUAGAUAAUAUAAUUUUGUGAAAGUAA